CUGAUUUGGAUUGAGAAUAGUCUCAGUCCCCAAGAAAUUCGAGAGCGUGUUCUCGCGGAUGCUGACUUUCGCGGAAGGCUCACGUCGUGGUUAGAGAGUUGUCAUCAAGGUCAGUACUCGCUGUCCACAGAUUCGGUAAUAGGUAAGCGUAUAGCAGACAGGCGAAGCGAUGAUGCACGCGCCUCCGGCAGUUUUCGCGAUCCAUGCACUACCUUACCAGGGAACGUGGACGGAGGAGACGCAGCAGUCACCGACGAAGCAUGGUAUCGCGAAGUUUGUGAGGAGAGCGAUGAGAUCGUGUACUUGUCGAAUAGACAUGAUCCCCGACAUCGUAAGGGGUGUUUGCGAGGCGACCCGCCUUAUUGCAAGGCGCGUUUUCCUCGGGAGCUGCGAGAUGAAACAUCUGUUGACCCUGCUACGGGUGCAAUUAGUUUCAAAAAACAGGACGCAUGGAUCAAUACUUACAAUGUUGUAUUGUCUUAUGUGUUGCGCUGUAACACGGACGUAACUUGCUUGCUAUCUGGGACGCAAGUUAGAGCGGUGGUAGCGUAUGUGACCGAUUACAUCACUAAAUCUCCUCUUAAAACAUACUCUGUGUUUGAAGCGGUUAAAGCGGUA